AUGGAAUGCUUACAACCUUCCUGUCGAGAAGGUUUUGAGAUCGGGAUAAUAUGCGCAUUACCACUAGAAUACGACGCUGUUUGCCUCGUGCUGGACGAAUUCUGGGAUGAGCAAGGUGACCCGUACGGACGAGCAGCAGGAGACCAAAAUAACUACACAACAGGCCGGAUUGGGAAACAUAAUGUCGUCAUCGCGCUACUUUCGCAAAUGGGAAAGGCUAGCGCCACGAGUGCUGCCCACAGUAUGCGGGUCAGCUACAGUGGCUUGCGGCUUGUUCUGCUGGUGGGGAUAUGCGGCGGAGUGCCGUUUAUCGGGGACAAGGAGGUCUUACUGGGCGAUGUGAUCAUCAGCAAAGCAGUUGUGCAGUACGACUUUGGUAGGCGAUACCCGGGGGAAUUCUCGCGCAAAGAUACACGAGAGAGUAAGCCUAGCAAGGAAAUACAGAACUUGUUGAUUACUCUUGAAGCAAGCUCUUGCCAGCGGAGGGUCCAUCGGAGAGCCGCUGCCUUCCUCGGAGAACUUCAAGCUAGAGCUAUGCAAUGGAAGAUGGAAGGGAGGUAUGACUAUCCUGGGAUAGCCGAGGAUCGACUCUUCGAGUCAGAUUAUACACAUCACCAUGUCUGCGGAGACCGCCAUCUACCGUGUGAUAAGGUGGCAUGUGAUAAGCGGUAUUUGGUGACAAGGAAAAGACUAUCAGGCCCUAACGUACACGAGCCUUUCAUUCAUAUUGGAUGCGUCGCAUCUGGCGAUACAGUGAUGAAGUCUGGAGAAGAUCGGGACAGGAUCGCCAAAGAAGAAGAGGUGAUUGGAUUCGAAAUGGAAGCGGCGGGCAUCAUUGAAGAAUUCCCGAAUUCUGUCGUCGUCAAAGGCGUCUGCGACUAUGCAGACAGCCAUAAAAACAAAAAUUGGCAGGAUUUCGCAGCUGCCACGGCUUCUUGUACGAUGAAGGCUCUCUUGGAACGGUUCAUCCCAGAGGAAAAGACGAUCCCCAGGAUAACCAAUGGGUGUGCGGAAUCAAGUCUGCUAGCCAUGAUGAGCCAAUUUGCUCAAAUAAUGCCUCCGCAAAUCGGGCCAGCAGAGCAUGUCACGCCUGGCCAAGUCCUUGAUAUGACCAUGACAUUCCGUCGACGCGAUGUAUCCUCGACCCAGUGUCCAUCAUGUCACUUUGAGAACGCGGGAAAUUCCGAGUCGCAAGUCACUUGUGGCGUGUGCAGAUUGGUAUAUAGACGAGUUGAAGAAGUGCGGGAGAUACUCGUGUCAGAAGAUAUCCCAUCCCAACCUGAAACGGAAAUUCGAAAAGAAGAGCAUAACCAUACAGUGCCUUUACAGAAACAAGCGGUUCCCAAAACCGAUGUUGACGGCGAUGAUAUUCAUCAUUACAGUAGGGUGCAGGUGAUUGACACCAACCUCCAGAUCUCAAAGGCCGACAUGAACAAGAUCAUCAACAGUCUGGCAACUCUUGAUGUGCGUGACCUGGAUGAUGCGGAACGCAUCGCAGCACAUCUAGCAAAUGUAUAUGGUCUGUCCAGGACCGAUUGUUUACUUGCAUUAAACGAGUGCGAGUCGCAACUACAAGCCGUUAAAGCUGAAAUUCAGAAGCGCAAAUUCGACAGGAAAUCAGUGGAGCAGCUGCUUCUAUGA